CGAUUUUUUUCUCUUCAAAUUUUGUAAUUUAUCCACGCGUAAAUAAUUCCACUGCAUUCGCUGAUUAGAAUUGACAAAUUCUAGGUCUUGGAUUCUUACUCUUUUCGAUUGUUGAAUGGAUUGAGCAAAGCAAAAAACUCUUUCGAUUUUUCAAAAUUUUCUAUUGAUAUUUUGAUAAUCUUUCUCGUUAUUCGCUACUUGUUUAGUUCAUUGAAGUCGAUGCAACUGCGUGUUUUUUUGAGUGUUCUGGAGCGUAAGAAGGUUUAUGGUACACAUUGAAAUUGAUUUGUUGUUGUCGCAAAGUUUAAGCUGUGAUAUGAGGUCUAACGUUUUCAGUUUGGUGUAAAAAAAAAGUGAGCAAUGGAUAGUAGAAGAAUUGAAAUUCUCUCUGAAUUAUGCUGUUAUCCUUGUUAAGUAGGCGCUCUUUGGAGAUUGAAUCCAGGGACGCCUAUGGAUUUGCACUGAGACCUCAACAUAUUCAAAGAUAUAAAGAGUACGCAGGUAUCUACAAGGAGGAGGAAGCAGAAAGAGUAGAAAAAUGGAAAAUCUUCCUUGAACGGGAGGAAAAUUCUGCUCAACAGUGCUAUUCUGUCAAGGAACAAAAGAAGGCGGUGCAGGCCGAGGACAGUGAGUUUAUAGAAGCAAGUGCUUCUGAGAAGGGCAGCGAAGGGAAUGAUUCCAUUGGGGAAACAUCUGAAUCUGACGGUUCAAAGGAAUGUGAGUCAGAAGAGUUGCUACUUCCAAGUGAAAAUGAAUAUGAAAUUUCAGGAGAAAGUGAAUUUAGACAAGCAGUGCAGCUUCCAGAAGAAAGUGAACCCAAAAAUGAGGAGAAUCAUCCUGAAGAAAGUGAACUCAAAAAGGAGGUGCAAGAAGGUGAACCUGAACUUCAAAAAGAAACUGGACCAGAAAAACAAGUCCACCUUCCAAAAGAAAGAGAUGAAAGUAAGAUCCGAGAAUGGGCUCAGAUUAGACCAUCCCUUGCUGCAAUUGAAAUUAUAAUGAGUUCUCGUGUUAAAAGGGGAAAUAAUAUAAAAGAAGAGCAAGAAGUGGAAAGUAGAGGAGACCGUCUUUCCUUAGUAACAGAAGUCAGAGGAAAAUUCAAGGAGGAGACAUCAGCUGAUGACUUGAAUGCCUCCAGGGAAGAAACCACUGCAGGGAUAGAAGUUGCUCCAGAGCCUUUCAUUCCUUGGAAAGAUGAGCUACAGGUUCUUGUUCGUGGGGGAAUUCCAAAAGAUCUCAGGGGAGAGGUAUGGCAAGCUUUUGUAGGUGUUAGGACUCGACGGGUAGAGAGGUACUACCAGGACUUGCUUGCUCAAGUAACUAAUGCAGAUGAAAGCAAUGAUCAUAAUAACGCAUCAAGGAAAUGGAAAAGGCAGAUUGAGAAGGACAUACCACGAACCUUCCCUGGUCAUCCUGCUCUCAAUGAUGAUGGUCGAGAUUCCUUGAGGCGUUUACUUCUAGCAUAUGCUCGACAUAAUCCAUCAGUUGGCUAUUGUCAGGCAAUGAAUUUCUUUGCUGGUUUGUUGCUACUUUUGAUGCCAGAGGAAAAUGCAUUCUGGACUUUUGUGGGCAUCAUCGAUGAGUAUUUUGAUGGAUACUAUGCAGAGGAAAUGAUAGAAUCUCAGGUCGACCAACUUGUUUUUGAGGAGUUGAUGCGUGAAAGAUUUCCUAAAUUGGUUAAUCAUCUAGAUUACUUGGGAGUGCAGGUGGCAUGGAUCUCUGGGCCAUGGUUCCUUUCCAUUUUCGUGAAUAUGCUUCCAUGGGAAAGUGUUCUUCGAGUUUGGGAUGUGCUUCUAUUUGAAGGAAAUCGUGUUAUGCUAUUCCGAACAGCACUGGCUUUAAUGGAAUUAUAUGGUCCUGCACUAGUUACAACCAAAGAUGCUGGGGAUGCAAUAACUCUGUUGCAGUCCCUUGCUGGCUCCACAUUUGACAGCAGCCAGCUUGUUCUAACUGCUUGCAUGGGUUAUUUGGCUGUAACUGAGGCUAGAUUGCAAGAAUUGAGGGAAAAGCAUAGGCCAGCUGUCCUAGUGGUGGUCGAGGAGCGAUCCAAAAGGGGUAGAGUCUGGAAGGAUUCAAAAGGACUUGCAUCUAAGUUGUACAGUUUUAAGCAUGAUGCUGGAUCUGUCCUUGAAGAAAAAAGAGCUACUGAAGGAUGUGUUAAUCCAAAUGCAGAUAGGAAAGGAACUCAUGAGCCUCGUUCCUCUAAUCUAGAUGAACUUCUUUGUGGCAUAACUGUUGAAUCAGAAGCAGAUUCUGUACCAGAUCUUCAAGAACAGGUUGUUUGGUUGAAGGUCGAGCUGUGUAGAAUACUGGAGGAGAAAAGAUCAACAAUACUCAGAGCUGAGGAAUUGGAGACAGCACUUAUGGAGAUGGUGAAACAAGAUAAUCGACGACAAUUGAGUGCACGGAUUGAACAAUUGGAGCAGGAAGUAGCUGAACUACAGCAACUCCUUGCUGAUAAGAAAGAACAAGAAGCUGCAAUGCUUCAGGUCCUGAUGCGAGUAGAACAGGAGCAGAGGGUAACUGAAGAUGCGCGUAUAAGUGCAGAGCAAGAUGCAGCUGCACAGCGAUAUGCAGUUCAUGUGCUUCAGGAAAAAUAUGAGAAGGCUAUGGCUGCAGUUGCUCAAAUGGAGAAGAGGGUGGUAAUGGCAGAAUCAAUGCUGGAGGCCACCUUACAAUAUGAAUCUGGCCAAGCUAAAGCACAAUCUUCUCCAAGGUCUCAACGUCAAAGCUUUGGACAGGAUAGCCCCAGAAGGAAGACUGGUCUACUUUCAUUUGGUUUGGGUUGGCGUGACAGGAACAAGGACAAACGAUCUGAAGAGUCUUCUGACAGUAAAUCCCCCACUGAGGCAAUAGACCCAAACACUUGUAAGCAGGAAAGUGCUGCCGAGAAGGAAAAGUAAUGCCGAGCUGAGAAGCUGGAAUAGUAAUGGCAGAUCAGAGGGUAGCCUCAGUGCCAUGUCAUUUGCGGGAGAUCCUAGCACUGAGGCAGGCAUUUUUUUAUGGUUUUCUGCUGCCCGUUUUCGUGUUUAUAUGCACCCUGGAGCAGAGGUGUCGGCAGCCCCAUUUAUUUGUAUAAUUUAAUUAUUUUAUUUUUUCUCCUUGUCCUCUUGACAAUCUGUUGUAAAUUUCCAUCUUUAGGAUGAUUAGAAGAAAACCAUUUUGAAUUUGGAACAUCUGUUUUCAUUGAAGUGUUUGAUAGCCAUCUUUUGCUCAGAACAGUAGUGUCCAGAGGUGAAGUUUGCUAGUGCUGAUGCUACUGGAAGAUGGUUUUACCUUUUUUAGUUCUUCUGUUAACUCAUUAAUACUUUCCUGUAGUAUUUAGAAGAAAAUUUUAAUUGAAAUAUCUUACCUGUAAGAAUUAGCUGAUGGCUGCUGAUAAUAUGCAUCUUUGUUGUA